AUCAGUAAAGUAACUUGUUCUCUCACCUGCAGAGUUUACAGACUGACUUUGUGCUGCUGUGAGUGACUGUAUCCUGGGAAUCUGGAAAGGACACAAUACAGUGAAACUGAGACGCGAUUCCCACUGAGUGACUAGAAUAUUGCAGUUCCAGGACAAGAUUGCCAUGGAGUGGAAUGAAAAUUCCAACACGUCAUGUGACUUGGCAUUUUGUGAAGCACAAAGAUGGGUUGAGGAAGUCACAGGUAAAAGCUUUGAGAAAAAGGAUUUCCGUUCUGCCCUUGAAAAUGGAGUGCUCUUGUGCGACUUAAUUAACAAUAUUAAACCUGGAAUCAUUAAGAAGAUUAAUCGUUUGUCUACUCCUAUUGCUGGAUUGGACAAUAUCAAUGUUUUCCUGCGAGCUUGUGAGAAACUUGGAUUGAAAGACGCUCAACUGUUUCACCCUGGGGAUCUGCAGGAUUUAUCAAAUCGAGUGACUGUCAAGCAAGAAGAGACUAACAGAAGAUUAAAAAAUGUUUUGAUCACUUUAUACUGGCUAGGACGAAAAGCACAGACUUACUCAUAUUAUAAUGGUCCUUAUCUUAAUCUCAAGGCUUUUGAAGGGUUGUUAGGACAAACUCUGACUAAGGCACUUGAGGAAUCGAGCAGUGUAAAGCGAAGUGGCAGAGAUAGUGGCUGUGGUGACCUUUGGUUCAGUGACAGAGGAGAAAGUCUUUCUUUGACUACUGUUCAUAAACGUGACGAUUCCUGGGACAGCUUAGACUCUUUUAGCUCAAGGUCUUACACAAGCUUAUCUUCAGAUACAACACUUAAAGGCAGCAGUGAAGGUGGGGAAAGUGACACAGAAUCUGAGCAAACAUACAAAAUGCAGGAGUUAAAGAAAGAUGACAUGCUGUCGCGGAGGGUUUCCACGGUGGAACCUAAAGGAGCAACUAAUUUCAAUCAGUUUCUUCCAAACAAAAAUAAACAGGCGUGUUAUAUGCCUGCACCCCUGAGGAAGAAAAAAGUCGACAAGAAUGAAGAUAACAGGAAAAGUUGGGCAAGUCCUGUCUUCACAGAAUCUGAUGGGACAUUUUCAAGUUCAGAUUCUGAUGAUGGAAGGCUGCCAGACUUGGUGCUUGAUGAUUUAGCAAAAAGAAAAUACCAUGCUAACAGCAAAGCGGCUGCCUCUGAUCUUUGUAGCUCACAAACUGGCCCUCAAAAGCCUUCCAUAAAAGUGUCUAAUACAGCAAUCACAUCUGAAGAAAAACUCAGUCAAGACAAGAAAACUUACUUGGAAACACAAGGUGAAACUGUAUCGAGAGAUGAUUUUGACUACACCGGCGUCACUUCAGAUGGAGAAAAUGAUCUGUCUAGAGAAUUUCCGAAUAUUAUAGAAGAUGAUCUCUAUGUUCGAAAGGUUAACUUACCAGCCCCACAGCUGAAGCAUUCUUUUGAUGAUUUUCUUCCUAAAUUUUCAACGCCAGAGGCUUCUGCGUGUUGGAAAGGAAAACGAACAGGGAUCCAUUCCAAGCCCUGGUAUAAAGAGUUUCAGGGAUUCAGUAAAAGAUCUGAUGAUGACCUCAAUUGUUUAUGGGCAUCUGGUCUUGGAUCAGUUUUUAAAGUCCACAGUGAUUCAGGAUUGAAUGGAUUGAAUUCUCAUUCGAUAACAGCCUCAAGCAAUUCAACAAAAGAUGUGGAUAACUCUGACAAACCAAGCCAGUUUCUGUUACUUCAGGCACUGCAAAAAAUUACUUCUGAUGUACUGUCUAAUGAAACACAAUCAAAAUCUGACCCAUCAUCCGGUCCUAGAAUUGUAACUGCUCGCCAGGAUCCUACGAUUGUACAUAACAACCAAAGGAUAGAAACUAUGCCAGAUCUGCAAAAUGAUGAUUACUUUACGAGGAAAACAGGAACAUUCCAUCUUAACCAAGUUAUCAACCUUGGAACACCCUUAGCUCGUGUGAUAGAACUAGAAAAAGACAUUAUUCUUCAGUCAGAGUCUGAGCUUCCUGAUUUAGUAAAAGAUGACAUGACUGUUCGUGCAAUCCAGUCUGAUUCAAAGGAGGUACCGCUAUCAGGUGCCCCAGACAAGUAUCAACCUGUUCCUUUUCCUGAUCCGUGGACUCUACCUGAAGAAAUACAGUCCAAGUUCAUUAGUAUGGCAGCAAAAAAGACAGAAGCUGGGAAAGGAGGAACAGAGGGCAGGGUGGUCAAAACUUCUGAAAACCUGAAGACGGAUGAUAUGUUAACAAGGAAAGUAAAUUUAUGUCAAGCUGUUCAUUUACCCCAGCCAAAUUUUGCUCCUGGUUCCUGCAGUGAAGAUGAUAUAAAAAAAUGGGAAUCGAUCAGGGAGGCCAGCAAAAUAAGACAUAAAAAACGUCAGUUGGUGGAAAGAGUACGGGAAAAACUUUCUAUUGACAAUGGGAGUAAAUCAUUGGAAAACUUUAAUGCUGAGGAACUUCAAAAUCUUAGACAAAUUCGUUUGGAAGAAAUGCAGAAGGUAAAAGGUGACAUCCAGAAGCAAGACCAGAAAUGGCAAGAUGAUUUAGCAAAAUGGAAAAGCCGUCGGAAAAGUUAUACAUCAGAUCUUCAGAAGAAAAAGGAAGAGCGAGAAGAACUGGAAAAGAUAGCAAGUGAUACCUCCUCUGAGAGGACAUACAAAACAUUUAGAGAAAUGCAGCAGGAGAGGGAGAACAGAGACCUUGAUGAUUAUCACAGUGACCAUUCCAGAUCCAGCAGAAGACUGUAUUCGUCAAAUGAGGAUGUCUUCAGUGAUACAAAUGCCAUUUCCACACCACCUCUAGCGAAGAGCUAUACAAUCGAAGUGGAUGCACCUUAUAGAACAGUGACAGAAACUACCUCUAUGACUCCCAGUUAUAAGAAGCAGGAGCAUGUUAGUGAGGUUACAGUCACUAAACUGCUCCCUAAACCCAGUGCUACAGCUGACACGGAUGGCACCUACACAAUAAAAAGUGAAACCUCUUACACUGUGCACAGUACUGAAAAGUCAGAAGAUCCUGAAAUAAAAUUUCCAUCUAAAUCACCACUGGAAAAAAGUUACACCAUUGAAGUUGAAGCACCUUACAGUAUGAAGAAUAGCACAAGUUACACAAAAAGGAGCUAUGAAAAGUCCUUGAACAAUACAACUGCUGACUCAAGCAGAUCUUUGGAUCAGAAAGACUUUGGGUCGGUGCAGUCAUACAAUUCCACUAACACAGAGAGUAAACCAGUUCGGGUUUCUGCUUCGUUGCCUAGGAGCUACCAAAAAUCUGAUGCAUCAAGGCUGUCUUCAGUCAUUGCCCCAAGACCCUUUGGCACCCAGUCAAAAGGAAUUGCCUCCCUUUCAAAAUCAUACACGCUGGAUGACUCACGGAAGUACAAUGGAGAUGUUGUGUCGUCAAAGAACAAUUCAACAUUCAGCUCUUAUAUGAAAGCUGACAGCGGGCGACCCAGUAGCACUACACAGAGUGAAGAGGAUGACGAUGCAGAAGUGGGGAAGAAGGAAGACUUCAGGAAAAGUUCUUCUCCUUUGCCCAGUGCUCAGCCAGAAAGGCGCGUGGUCUCGGAGUCUGUAUCAGUCGUAUCUUCUGCGAUCUCAAGAGGCAUGCAGCAGACCAGCGUUCCAGGUGCCCUUGACCAGUACAGCGACAUGAGACUCAGUAUUAACCAGAAGCCUGGAAGCGGUCAUGACUUUGGGUUUCAAACGACGUGGAAUAGUGCUGGAGUUUUUGUAUCAUCUGUUGAUAAAGGUAGCCCAGCAGAAUUCUCUCAGCUGCAUGUAGAGGAUGAAAUUCUAUCCCUCAAUGGCACAAAGGUUUCAUCAAUGGAUUACAGUCAGUGGAAGGAAGCCAUGGACAGAGCAUUAGAAACAGGAAACCUGACUAUGGAUGUCAGGCGAUAUGGCGAGGAUGACUGGGGCAGAGAUCCACCUUCCCUGCCAUACAAAAGCCAUAAAACCCUCAAUCUGACAAGUAUGGAUACCAAACUUAUAGGUUCUCCUGAAAAUAAAUGGAUUGAUGCAAGUUCUGGAGUCUACAGAUCAUCCCAAUCUUCCAACACAUCACUGCGAAACGACAUUCCGGACUCUGUAAAUAAUACAGAAACAAGACAAGUAAAUGGAAUACAAAACAACACUUCACAAAUAGAAUAUGAACCUAUUUCUCUGAAAAACUAUAAAAGGAGGUCACAGUUUUUUGAACAAGGAAGUGGUGAUUCUUCAGGCCCUGAGAUGCCAGUUCCACCAAUUAAUGCUACAACACAAUGGUCCUGGGAUCCUGAAAUAGAAAGGAGGCGACAAGAAAAGUGGCAUCAAGAACAAGAGCAAAAAUUACAGGAAAAAUACAGACUAGAACAAGAAAAACUUCAAGAAGAGUGGGAACGUGCCCGUCAAGAAGCAGAAAAAGAGAGCAGUCAUAUAUAUCAGGAGUCAUCCAUUCCAAAAUCCAGUUCUGGUGUAUCCCUUACUUCACACAUUACCUCUUCAUACUGGAGAACAGCUGGGUCUGUAUCUGAUGAAUUACAAAGCAGUGAAGAAGAAGGCCAAGAACAAGAGAGAAAGCAGGAUCUUCAGCGUGAACAAGCAAGAAAGCAAGAAGAGGAAGAGAGGCUAAGAAAACAAGAGGCAGAAAGGCUGAAUUACUUAUUAGCUCAGAACCGUUUAGCAGAAGAGGAGCGAGGACGUCGUGAGGCAGAAGAAAUAGAAAGAAAACGACAAGAGGAGGAGCAGAGGCGGAAAGAGGAAGAGCAGAGGCGGAAAGAGGAAGAGCAAAGGCAAAAGGAGGAGGAACAGAGAAGGAGAGAAGAACAAAAGCGUCUACAAAGGGCAGAGGAAGAAGAAAGGCAGAGACGAAAAGCUCUAGAGGAGGAACAGCAGAGGCAAAAAGCAGAAAGUGAAAGACACCAAAGAACUUAUUUAAGGGAAAAAGAGAAAGAUGAUCUGGAUUCAGUCAGUUAUGCUGCGCAGGGAAAUGGCAUACAUACCAAACCAGCCUAUGGUUUUGCGCCAUGGUUGUUUGAAGAUGACCAAAUGCAAAAGCAAAGCAAGAAGAUACAACCAAGCAGGUCACUGACAUUGGAAGCCGAGCGAAAACAAAUUAUAAAUCAGAUGAAAUAUCCUGACCUGAUGAGAGGAAACUACAGAGAAUCUGAAGCAACUUGGAAUUCUGGAGAUUCGCAGAGAAGUUCAUACAAAGAACAGGCACAGGGCCCUGCAGAACUGGACAGGCAAAGGAUCAUUUAUGAAAUGAGAAAGAAAGCGCCAUUACACAAUGAUAACAGCUGGAUCAGGCAGCGCAGCGCUAGUGUUACUAAAGAUACAUCAUCUCUUCCAAAUUUUAUGAGGAGAGGAGAAUCUUUAGACGACCUUGACUCAGGUUCUCGAAGACCAUCUUCUUGGAUAAACCAGUCACCAUCAUCAUAUAACUCCCUUUCAUCUAGUCAAGAGUUCAGUCGUCCUACUCAAGUAGUUUCCACCUCUAAUCGCACCUACCUGCGCAAUCCAUCUUCUAGUUUAGCACCUUCAUCAACAGGCUCGGUCAGGAGCACAAGCAUAUCCCAAACGUCCACUCUGCCUGCGACUCAGCCUUCAACCCAAGUAUCAAGUCAGCAGCGCAGCAAGUCAGUGAGCGGGAAGAAAUUGUGUUCUUACUGUAAUAACAAUCUGGGCAAAGGAGCAGCUAUGAUCAUCGAGUCUCUUGGUCUUUGUUUUCAUUUACAUUGUUUUAAGUGUGUUGCCUGUGAACGUGACCUUGGGGGCUCAGAAUCAGGAGCAGAAGUACGAAUCCGUAACAAUGAUCUGUACUGCAACAGUUGCUACGUCAGGUUCAAAUCAGGACAUCCAACCUCCAUGUGAAACUAAUCUAAACACUGAACGUCUUUUGCAAGUAGCAGAAGAGGAAGAAUCUGAUGAAGAUUUAAACCUAUAAAAGCUAAACGGAUGUGUGCUUUAUAUACUUGUCUGAUCUAAUACAUAGGAUUAAUCUUGUAUUAUUAUUUUGCCACUUUAUCUGGAUCUUUGAUAUAUUUAUGAGGAAAUAUAACUUUUGAACAUGUUCAGUGUUUUCUCUAUGUAUAAAGUAAAACUCAAUGGAAAGCCAGCUUUUAUUAAUUUCAGAAUAUUUUUGAGGUAGUCCUUCAGCUGUUAAGAAUUUUCAUUGGUUUCUAAAGAGGUUAUUUUGUUCAAAAAUGCUAUUUAAUGUGUAGAAUCAAAUUUAGUAGUCUGUAUAUUUACUACUGUUUUGUUUUUUUUGUCAUCUGUUUUUGGAAAUUAGAUUGCUCCGAGUUUGAUAUAUAAAUGCACUGGCCUCCUAGACUGUUUUCUAAUAACCAUAUUUAUGUGAGCUUUCCAAAUAAUAAUAUAGAUUGUAUAGAUGCUAAAGGGUUGGGAAUUCUGCAUUUCUCACUCUUUCAUGGUAUCAAAAUCUAGCAGUAGAAUAAGAAUUUCCACUAUAUAUAAAAAAAAGUUUUACAAAUUUAUUGUUGAAAAUGUUUAUUUUUUGAAAAAAUAUUUUCUGAUUUUGCUUUUGUAAAUAAAAUUACUAUUGCUGCAGUUACCAGUCA